CAUAGUGUCAUCAGCUGUCUGGCCCUGUGCAUCUAGCUGGAAGCGAGCAUGGUCCAUCAAACCCUUCAGGGAUGCCAGCACGACUCAUCUUCACAUUGCCGUGCUCCGAGUGAGCAAGGUUCUCGGAGUUUGCCUGUGACUCCUGUCAUCAACCGGCGGCUGAGUAGACGACUUGUGAUACAGUGAUGACUUGGAAUCGCUCAGGUUGCUUCACGAGAACUAGAGCAGUACUGGUCGUGUUCAAAAGUUUGCCAACUCAUCCGCUUUUAAAGCACGUGAACCGCGACGUGCAAGUUUCACGUUGUGCAUCUGAAACACGGACGCCUACCACGGUUGUUCCCUCCCUCCUCUCUGCUACAUUUCACGUGUACAUCUUCGUUAGCUUCAUCGACGCUAGCUUAUUUUUUGAGUAUUAUAUACUCGCUUGUUGAGCGACGGACGUUCACAAUCAGCGGUUGAUUUGCGUUCUGCCGAUUCUC